AUGGGUGUGUGGCCAGGAGAGCGGCGCAACGCCGACCAGCUCAGGGUUCCGUUUCGGGGCGAACAGCUGAUUAUAGGCGCCCGCGGCAAGGCAGUGUUGCGGAGUCUCACGAUCAUCAGCGACAAAAAAUAUGCCUGUGAAACCUGCAUCAAGGGUCACAGGUCGUCGUCGUGCAAACACUAUGACCGCCCGCUCUUCGAAAUCAAGAAGAAAGGCCGCCCGAUAACCCAAUGCGAGCACUGUCGAGAACUGCGCAAAACCAAGCAAGUCCACGUCAAGUGCAUCUGUGAGGGAAAGGCAGACCAAUCCAACUCGGCCAACAAGAAAGGAACCAAGUCAGGUUUUGAAAGCGCCGCGUUUCCCAAUGGCUUGCCUUUACAAGCUGCGGGAACGUUGGUCGCAUUGCAGCCCCCACCAGGGGCUUCGACCAAGCUCGAUGCUGAGAACGGGAAUGGGAAAGGAGGCUGCAGCUGCAAGACGGGCGCCGCAUGCAACUGUUGCACCCCAAAAAAGUCUCAACGACGGACGAGGACCUCAUCCAGCGCCAACCAGCACCGUUCCGCCUCCGCCUCCACCGCCCCCGACUCUCGAGUCCUCGCACGUGUAGCAGAGCUGCGACCAGUCCUCCCAGGGCCUCCCCCUCAUUCUGAUUUCUACCUCUACGGAGCAGGCAGUCACGACCCAUCCUUGGGGAACCACCACCACCACAACUACCCUCGGCACCACGAAAACGUCUAUAGUCCAUACAGUAGGGCCUACAAUGUUCACCAGCACAGCUCCAACCACCCGCACUCCCACAUCUUCCCCUACACAUCCCCCGACGUCCCCCGUGUCAACUCUGCCUCGCCCUCGCUCGAUACCAAUAUGGAUUCCACCCGUAGCCAGCUAACUAUCGGCGCAUGCAUCUGUGGAGAUGGGUGCGGAUGCCGUGGAUGUCAGUCGAACACAGGUGGUACCAACGAGAACCGUACAACUUGUACGAACCCCGAAGGCUGCGCAUCGUGCAUCGACUGCGCCCUGAACACCUUCCAGCCCAUCCAACAGCCCCUGCUGACUCACCAACUCGCAUCAUCAUCAACAGAAGCUGUAGAUUCCAUAGACGACUGGCUUCGUUCUCUCUCCACGCCCGGUCCUGAUACAGGUCCGUCGACAGGGUCAGGGCUCCUGAACGAUCUCAUCCCACCAGAUCCGAAUGCCAAUAGUGGACUAGACUGGGAUGCCGACAUCACUUCCCUGAUGAGGACAACAGCGACCGCGACGACCGCCGAUAACGCCCAACUCUCCUCGGACUAUUCAUCCAUCGCCUUUCCAUCGGGAGGGGAUGGCGGACUGGUCGACUCGGUCGAUUUCGAUGUGGGAUCUCCGUCAAUAUUCCGGCUAUCGCGCUCUUCGAGCCACGGCAGCGCGGCUUACGGGUAUCUUGAUCCUGGGUUUAUGCAAAACCUGCGCUUCGACGGCAUGCCUUCUUCCCAGCAGCAGCAGGUGAAUUCCCAAUCCCAGCACGAGGCACAACUGGAACAGCAGCUCCAACAACAAAGAUCCCGAAGUCACUCUCCCUCGUCUUCUUCCACGAUGUCAAUGACGUUGUCAAUGGGAGCUUUACAAAACGGUGGCUCAAAUGGUUCUGCUUCCUCUUCCUCUUCUUCGUUGCCAUCCAAAUCGGAUCCCCGCAUGAUGGAUUUCGUGUACGGAAGCCUCCAAGUUCCUUACCGGCCUCCCGGACGCAUCCAUUCCCCUAAUCACAGCGCAGGUCACAGACCGAGCCAGAGUGCAAAUCAACAGUUAUUCGCCAACGUCGCAGGGAUACGUUCUGCACCCCAGUUGAUCCUACCAAACCACCUCAACCAUAAUACCCAACUCUCUUCCUCUCAUUCAUCCAGUGUUUCACCUGUUGGAAAUGGUAACGGUAUCGAACACUAUGCAAUUAGCAAUCCGGAUUCUGAUGGUUCCAUAAAUUCUCUUCGGGAUACUGCUAUUGGUGCUUUCAAUCCGUCGAGCUAUUGA